GAUAACGCCGCCCAGCGUCGGAAAGGAGAACUGCAUUAAGCAUAAUUACAUGAAACCCGUCACAUGAUAUGCCUCUCGUUUACGUCGCUGUCUAGUCAGUUUCGGAAUUAACUAUUAUACGACGUGUUAAUAGUUUAUUAUGCUGUAUGAUCGUAAUAAUGUUACAAGUUUGCUAAUGAAACUACGAAGUGCCUCGAUGAGUCCUUUUUUUAUGGGAGCUAGCUGCUGGCUAGCUAUGGCGCUGCUCAUCAGUCAUACCGCUGUCGAAGCGGACUAUUUUUGAAUAUACGACUUUAAAAUGUAAAAUUAUUUUAUCUCACUAACGUUUGGAAUAUACUACUGUUAUGCUUGAAAACAGACGAAGAAGAAAGAAGAGUCUCGGAGUAAAAGCGUGAAUAUGGCUUCGAUACUGGACGAGUACGAGGACUCGCAAAAGAGCAGGCAGAGCGCGUCGCAACACAGCCGCCUGGCGAGCGCCAACAUCGGCAUAACCCACUCAGGCUUCGUCAAUGUGCGCCUCGAGGAGGAAAAGCCAAUUUUCAAUAAGCAGAGGAUCGAUUUCACGCCCCCCGAGAGGAUCAAUCACCUGGCUGUCUGCAACAAUCAGCUAUGCAUGAGUCUGGGGAAGGACACCCUGCUGAGAAUUGAUUUGGCUAAACCUGAUCAGCCCAAUCAAAUUGAGAUAGGAAGGAAAGAUGACAGCAAAGUGUACAAACUCUUCCUGGAUCCCACAGGCUCUCACUUGCUCAUCAGCAUGAGCACCAGCGAGUGUUUGUACCUGAACAGGAACACGCAGAAGGUGCGCAGUCUGUCUCGCUGGCGGGGCCACCUGGUGGAGAGCGUGGGCUGGAACAAGCUGCUGUGCAACGAGACCAGCACGGGGCCCGUCCUGGUCGGCACCAGCCAAGGCGUCAUCUUCGAGGCCGAGAUCUCCGCCGCCGAGGGGAGCCUCUUCAACACCAACCCGGACCAGUACUUCAGACAAGUCCACUCCCUGGAGGAAGACGGAAAGCCAGCGCCGGUGUGCUGCCUGGAGGUGGAGCGCGGCCUGGAGAACAAGUACUUCAUCAUCGCCACCACCCGCAAGCGACUCUUCCAGUUUGUGGGCAGGGUGGCCGAGGGCACGGAGCAGCAGGGCUUCAGCUCCAUCUUCACGCAGAACCAGGACCUGCUGCCCAGCUUCCAGGAGUUCCCGGCCAACAUGGGCUACAGCGAGAUCACCUUCUACACGUCCAAGCUCCGUACCUCUCCCAAGGCUUUCGCCUGGAUGAUGGGCAACGGGGUGUUCUACGGGCAGCUGGACUACGUCAGGCCCGACUCCCUGCUGAGCGACGUGCAGGUGUGGGAGUACACGCCCGACAUCGACCUGUCGUUCAACAAGCCCAUCUCCAUCGUGCUGACCCAGUUCCACUUCCUUCUGUUGCUGCACGACCGGGUCAAGACCAUCUGCACGCUGAACGGCCAGGUAGUUUACGAGGACGUCUUUCCGGACAAGUUCGGCCCCCUCAAGAGGAUGAUCAAGGACCCGUCGGGUGGCCUGGUGUGGAUCUACACGGAGCGGGCCGUGUUCCGCUACCACAUCCAGCGGGAGUCGCGCGACGUGUGGCAGAUGUACAUGAGCAUGAACAAGUUCGACCUGGCCAAGGAGUACUGCCGCGAGCGUCCCGAGUGCAUGGACAUGGUCCUGGCCAAGGAGGCCGAGCACUGCUUCCAGAACAAGCGCUACCUGGAGAGCGCCAAGUGCUACGCCCUGACUCAGAACUACUUCGAGGAGAUCGCUCUCAAAUUCAUCGAGGCCAAGCAAGACGAGGCCCUGAAGGAGUUCUUGCUGAAGAAGCUGUCCAACCUGAAGCCGAGCGAGAGGACGCAAAUCACCUUGCUCGUCACCUGGCUGUCCGAGCUGUACUUGAACCGACUGGGCAAGCUGGUGGACGACGACGACGACGACAGCAAGGAGAGCGCGCGCUUCCGGGAGACCCGCGACGAGUUCCGCAACUUCCUGAACACCUCCAAGCACCGCGAGUGCCUGUACAACAACCGCAGCACCAUCUACGACCUUCUGGCCAGCCACGGCAACGUGGACGACAUGGUGUACUUCUCCGUGGUCAUGCAGGACUACGAGAGGGUGGUGUCGCACUACUGCCAGCACGACGACUACUGCGCCGCCCUGGACGUGCUCUCCAAGCACUGCGACGAGAAGCUCUUCUACAAGUUCUCCCCAGUGCUCAUGCAGCACAUCCCCGAGAGGGUGGUGGACGCCUGGAUCCAAAUGGGCAAGCGGCUGGACCCCAAGAAGCUCAUCCCGGCGCUGAUGAACUACAGCCACAUGGGAAGCAGCCAGCAGAUCAACGAGACGGUGCGGUACAUGGAGUUCUGCGUGCACGAGCUGCGCGUCACCGAGGAGGCCAUCCACAACUACCUGCUGUCGCUCUAUGCCAAGUACAAGCCCGACUCGCUGCUGCUCUACCUGGAGGAGGCGGGCACGUAUGCCUCGGAGAUCCACUACGACCUGAAGUAUGCGCUCAGGCUGUGCGCCGAGCACGGCUACCUGCGCGCUUGUGUGCUCGUGUACAGGAUUAUGGAGUUGUACGAGGAGGCGGUGGAUCUCGCCUUACAAGUGGAUGUGGAUUUGGCCAAGAGUUGCGCGGACCUGCCCGAGGAUGACGAGGAGCUGCGGAAGAAGUUGUGGCUGAAGAUCGCCCGCCACGUGGUGCAGGAGGAGAAGGACGUGAAGAAGGCCAUGAAUUGCCUGUCCAGCUGCGACCUGCUCAAGAUCGAGGACAUCCUGCCUUUCUUUCCCGACUUUGUCACCAUUGACCACUUUAAGGAGGCCAUCUGCAGCUCCCUGGAGGAAUACAACAAGCACAUCGAGGAGCUGAAGCAGGAAAUGGAAGAGGCCACCGAGAGCGCCAAACGCAUCCGAGAGGAUAUCCAGGAAAUGCGGAACAAGUACGGUGUGGUUGACUCGCAGGACAAGUGUUCCGCCUGUGACUUUCCGCUGCUCAACAGGCCCUUUUAUUUGUUCCUGUGUGGACACAUGUUCCACUCUGACUGCCUCUUGCAGGAAGUGACGCCGCACCUGUCGGCGUACAAGCAGAGCCGCCUGGACGAGCUGCAGAAGAAGCUUUCGGCCUCCACGCAGGCGUCCAAGUCGCGACACCGGCCCGCGCCCAACGAGGAGGGCGACGCGGCCAGCCUCGGCAAGGGCGCCGCCAGUCGCGAGCAGAUGAAAUCUGACCUGGACGACAUAGUCGCGUCAGAGUGCGUUUACUGCGGCGAGCUGAUGAUCAGGUCUGUGGACAAGCCGUUCAUCGAUCCGCUGAAGUUUGAAGAGGAUAAAUCCAGCUGGUUGUGAAUGUGACUGACUUGGGUCAGAUUUGUCCGCUUUCCUGUUUGUUCCUGAUCCCGAGACCACGGCUGAGCGUCAUAUUUUUCUUUUGGAAGCCAAUUUACAAUAUUUUUUACACGUCUGAAUCACAUACGUUUGUUUAAAAUCAUGCUACAGUUUCCAAAACAUUCUCACAUCCCAAUGGAAUGUUACAAAUUUGGUAGUAAAUAUGGAUUAUUAUUGCUUUAUACAAUGUUCUUUUGUGCAGAGACAUAGCCUGCACUUAAAUGUCCAAUGCUUAAAAUUUCCUUGUCUGUGUCAGUCUCAACAAAACCAUGCAUAAGAAUAAAUAUGAAUGGUUCGUCAAGUG